AUGUGGUCUUCGACACCCCGUUUGCUUCUCGGCCUCUGUGGGUUAUUAUGUGCCGUUGGAUCAGCUAGCGCCGAUGUCGAUUUCAUGAGUGUCCGACCUGACAUGGUCAAGGAUUACUCCGGAAAAGGGGGAGAACCGGGAGAGAAAUACUUCAGUAAGUCUGACAUGAUCCUGCGGUUGCUAUCGGCUUUGUCUAACAAGUUACAGAGGAAUCGAGCUUCCACUACCACUAUGAUGGACGAUGAGCCUCUUUCCGAGGAGGAGACUGUUCCGCACCUGUCGGAACUCAUCCGGACCUAUCUUUCGACAAUGGCAGACCUUGGGGCUGAAACCUGGAUAAUGCAUGGAACUCUGCUGGCUUGGUGGUGGAACCAGAAGAUCUUCCCAUGGGACAACGAUCUCGACGUUCAAAUUUCUGAGCCGACCAUCCAUUUCCUUGCCGAUUACUACAACAUGACCGAGCACCACUUUGAAAUCUCAGGAGUCGACGGCGGCCGAACCUAUUUACUGGAGAUCAACCCGAACUAUGUCGUCAGAUCGACCGAUGACAAGCUGAAUGUGAUCGAUGCGCGGUGGAUAGACACAUCGUCUGGGCUAUUCAUCGAUAUCACUGCGGUACGCAAGGACGACGAGCGGAGGGAGAAAGACCGUGAGCCUGGUGCUUUGAUGUGCAAGGAUGGCCAUCGGUUUGAUGAAACCGAGAUUUUCCCACUGCGAAACAGUUACUUCGAAGAUGUGCCAGUCAAGAUCCCGUUCGAAUACGUUCGCCUGCUGAAGAAAGAAUACGGUUCGAAGUCGAUGACUGCUUCCGUGUUCCAAGGAUACCAUUUCAACCAGCAAACCCAAUAUUACUUUAUGGUGCGAAUGUAUAUAGUGAGGGUGGGUCUCAAUUACAACUAA